AUGGAGGACUCACUAACACUGCCUAAUGAAAGAACUAGUCUUCUACGUAAUGAGGCUGAGACACAACGACAAAUAGAAGAAGAUGCUUUUGAUAUAUCAUAUAUAUCAUCAGUUGGAACUCUAAGAACUCGUAAUGUUUUCGGAACAAAGCCACCACGAAUCGUUGCAUUGGAUGUAUUCCGUGGAUUGAUGAUGCUUUUUCAAUCUAUUGAGCAUGCCAGAAUCUUUUUAACAAAUAAUGAAAGUCAAGCUCGAAUGGAAAUAUGGUACUCACAAACAGCAUAUACGAAAGCUUUCAACACGUUAAUAAGCAUACCAACACAUUUAGCACCUUUAGGGUUCGCCUUUGUAAUGG